AUGUGAUCUUAUGAUCAAACAAAGGUGAUCCCUUGGUUCCAUAAACAGCAUUUCCAUCGCUUCCGAUAACGACUAUAAUGUUUUAAAAACUAUUUUGCAAUUGAUACUGUUGAAUUUCAACACUAGGCGCGAUAAAAAGCAGAGAUACUGAGAUUCAAGUCAAUUUCAAGUCAAUCAGAUAUCAGAUGGAGCUAUCGACUGAAAACUUAGAUAUUCGAGCUGGUUUAGAAGCAGAUGUCGUGGUUCAUCCCGUGCAGGGUAACCCGAACCAAGAAUUUCACGUAGAAGUGAGUUUGGAACCCGCUGAAAAAGUGCAAAUCGUCGGUAUUUAUAAAGGAGACGACGGCAAUUUUCACGUCAAGUUUAUUCCUGUGGUACCAGGCACCUACGACAUCUUCAUAGAUGGCGAGAAGCUUGUUGACAGUCAUUUUACUGUACAAGCGAAAGAACGACAGAUGGAUGUUAUCAGUAAAUUAGAAUUGAAGGGAGAAAUUCCUCAACAGCCCAUUGGAAUUGCCGUCAACAGCCAGGGGCUAAUCGCUGUUGCUGAUAUCCACAAACACUGUAUCUUUAUAUUUGGCGAAAAAGGAGAUUUCCUGAGAACACUCGGCUGCUAUGGAAAGAAACCUGGACAACUGAGCAGUCCCGUUGGAGUAACGUUCCUGAAUGAUGACGAGAUUCUGGUAGCAGAUGCACUGAAUCACCGCGUUCAACAGUUCAAUGUAAAGAUAGGUACCUUUGUACGAAGCUUUGGAGGAGAAGGAACAGGAGAAGGAGAGUUUAAAAACCCAGCAAGUGUUUGUAUGGAUGGCGAAGGACAUGUUAUUGUGGCCGACUGCUUCAACAACAGAAUCCAAGUCUUGACACAAGAUGGUGAGCCAGUGCUUAAGUUUGGAGACUACGGCUUAGGAAAGCUUGAUCAUCCCUUUGGGUGUGUCUUUCACAGAGGCAGAUUCAUUGUCUCUGAUGCCUGGAACAACUGUUUGAAAGUGUUUGACCGUUCAGGGACGUUUCUAAAAAGGAUUGGAGAGAAAGGGGAGGCUGAUGGGCUGAUGUGCUCUCCAUGGGGUUUGUGUAUUGAGAAAUAUAGCGAUCAUCAGAAUCUUCUUGUCUGUGAUGGAAAUAAUGGUCGUAUUCAACAGUUCACAACGGAAGGUGAGUUCACUGGCAAAACUGUGUGUAAGCUGCAAUAUCCCACGGCUUUAACCACAACGCCUGAUGGACGCAUUUUGUGCUGCGAUUUACAGAUGGGUGAAGUGUUCAUUCUAAAAUGAUUGGUCUGCCAUAAACUAUUGUGAUUAGACUAGGAAAUUCGUAUUUUCACUGGAAUCAAUCGGAAGCAAAGCUAAAGAAACGUGACUCGGACACACGCUUUUUCAAGCAAUUCGAGUAUUUAUUUUGUCUUUACUUUAUCACGACCAGCUCUUGCGAAACUUUGGCCUUCUGCGCAGACGUCAUUAGGCUCGCAUGUCACGCAAUCAUUCCCCAGCCCCCUCACAAAAACACUGUUGGGGUGGAACGAUUACGUGACGUGACGAGCUUAACAACGUUUGCGAAGGAGGAAAGAAGAAUUUUGAAUUUUAGUUUUCAACACUCAACUGAAAAGCCUAGCUAGAGAUUAAAAUUUGCAAGUUAUCGAAGAAAACCACCUUUAAAAACAGGAAUCGUACUCAGUUUAAGUAAUCCUGUUGGUAGACUUAGCACCCAUAUCUAGAGGCCGGACUUAUGCUUUUUUGUGGAACCGAGUUGAGUGUGUUUUAAUUCGUGUGCUUUAUGAGGUAGCCGCAUGAAUUCACACUCGCAAGACAAACACGGACUUGAAAGGGAUUGAUUUUAUACUUCAAAGAGCGACAAGUUUGAAAUAUAGUAAACUGGGUAUCUGUUUUUUAGUUA